UUGACAGUUCUUAAAAUGUUGAUUGUGUACGUAAGCUGAUCUACUCGAUUUGUAAUGCAAAACUUUUAAAUUAUGAAAUAAAAAUCUAACAAAAUGGUCGAUGAAGGUACAAGAAAAACAUUAAGUAGCAUACCGCUGCUCAAAACUAAAGCUGGACCCAGGGACAAGGAAUUAUGGGUUACAAGAUUGAAAGAAGAAUACCAGGCAUUGAUCAAGUAUGUCCAAAACAAUAAGGAAGCAGACAAUGACUGGUUCAGACUAGAAUCAGACAAAACAGGUACAAAAUGGUUUGGCAAAUGUUGGUUUGUCCAUAACUUAUUGAAAUAUGAGUUCGACUUAGAGUUUGAUAUCCCUGUCACUUAUCCUACAACUGCUCCUGAGUUGACUCUACCGGGACUAGAUGGAAAAACUGCUAAAAUGUACAGAGGUGGCAAAAUCUGCUUGACGGACCAUUUCAAACCUCUAUGGGCGAGGAAUGUUCCGAGAUUUGGUAUUGCACAUGCUAUGGCACUAGGACUUGGUCCAUGGUUGGCAGUUGAAAUUCCAGACCUCAUAGAGAAAGGUGUGGUCAAGUAUCAGGAAAAAACAGAAGAAUCCAAAUAGAAAAUUGCCUUUUAUAUUUGUACAUACUGUAUCAUUUUGCUUUCAAUAAAUAUUUACAAUUAUAUUUUA